CAGGGGCAAGAGGUAGUUUGGUCUCCUUAACCAGUUCAGUCCUGAGCUGUACCCACUGAGGAGAGACUUCCAAUGGUGUUGAAUGGCACGUACCAUAAUGUCAAAUCCUUCCACUCCUUGGUGAGCUGAGACUGCCUGGCUUAUUUCACUUAGACCUGAAGUUGGACUUAAACCUCGGUCUUAGCAGUUUAAAGGAGGGACAGCACUGCCUGCUAUGAUCAACUUUCGACUCUUGAACAGCUUCCAUUGAAAAUUCAACACACCCCAUUUUAGGAGGCAAGAAAAUUAAAUGGGUUGAGAACAGCUGCCCCUCCUUUUGCAGAGGAUUUUUUGAUUUUAAGUGACAGUACAUGAAACAGUAAAUCCUUUCUCCCUGCGGUCUUAUCUCCUGCAAACAGCAUUGACUGCCUUACAAACCAGACAAUUACAGGGUUAACUGGUAACCGGAUGCCUGCAUGGCUGCCUUGCUGAUUCCAUGGAGGAACAGAGGGAUGAGGACUCGCUUGGGCUGCCUAUCUCACAAAUCAGACUCAUGCAAUGAUUUCACAGCUAUUCUUCCCGACAAGCCCAACAGGGCUUUGAAAAGACUAUCAACAGAGGAAGCUACAAGAUGGGCAGAUUCCUUUGACAUACUUCUGUCGCAUAAAUAUGGGGUGGCUGCAUUCCGCGCGUUCCUAAAGACAGAGUUCAGCGAGGAGAACCUGGAGUUCUGGCUGGCCUGUGAAGAGUUUAAAAAGACCCGAUCAGCAACCAAACUGGCAUCAAAGGCUCACAGGAUCUUUGAAGAAUUUAUUGAUGUGCAAGCCCCUCGAGAGGUGAACAUAGACUUCCAGACACGGGAGGUGACAAGAAGAAAUGUGCAGGAGCCCUCUCCUUCUUGCUUUGAUGAGGCCCAGGGGAAAGUGCACAGCCUCAUGGAGAAAGACUCUUACCCCAGGUUCCUGAGAUCCAAAAUUUACACAGAUCUGCUGACUCAAACCCAGAGGAGACUCAGUUAGAGCAGAUUGCGGCCAGAAGAAACCACGAGCUUCCCGCAGCAGCCAAAACCAUUUCCAAAUGUGAAAUUCCAUUGUUGUUAAAAAAAAGCAGUGGUACAGCAGCAGAAGGAGGGGGAGGGGGAGUGGAAGGGGAGCCCAUUCCAGAACGUGACCCAAACACAGUGCUAGGACUCUCUGAGUUUGUGUAUGGGCUUUGGUUCUUGGUAGCAUCCUGAAGUUGUUGCCUUUCUCUGGAACAGAAAUGUAUCCUCUGUGGUGCAAUGGGCCAUCUGCCUAGAAGAUGGGCCUCCUAAAACUCACUCCACAGGCUAUUCUGUAAAUAAUGCUGAUAUACCCCUCCAUUCUUCUAGAGCUCUCCUGGCUCAAACCUCUUCCAUACAUUUGGAGAUGAUGCUAAGGGUAGUCAUGAAACCAGUGUCGCUGAGCACAAUCUAAAGCACUGCUUCACUCACACGGGUGGCUAGGACUCUGAUCUGAAGGUUGGGGUGGGAGGAGCUAAGGCCACAGGACCUGAGCUUCCUCCCAGCUCAGGUGGAAGAGAUCAACUGAGUCAGCUCUUUCUUCCAGGUGACACACACAUUGUGAAGUCAGUAGUGACUGUCUUGCAGCCCCUUCCUACCUAUCUGACAGCACCCCUGACUAUAAAGUCCUUCUCUGUGGGGAAAAGAAGCUGAAUGAUACUUUUAUUAAUUUGUCAAGGAACUUCAGUUUCCUCCCUGGCUAGAAUGGCUUUGUCAUUUCUUCUGGUACAAAUGAUUAUUUAUUACAGAUAUUUAUUUACACUGAAGUUAAGCCUAUGGGCUUUGCUCCUAAGUCUGGUCCCAUUCUGUGUGACAGUGUACCAAAACAAAACCAAAAAAAGAUGCUCCUGCUACCAAAAAAACUUUGCAGGAUUAGUGGACUCUUCUUGUGAGGCAACUGUUAGGUACCAAGACAAAUCCAAGACAAGAGAUGUUCCUCCCCACUAAUUGCUAACAAGUACGGGGAACAAAAGGCACAUCUGUUAUGGCCGAACACGCUUUUCACGUGUUGCCUGAUGGGGGCAUAAUGGAGAGAGAUGGAGAAACAUGGAAGUCAUGGUUAUACUAUUAAUAUUUAUUGGUUACCAACUGUUAUUAUCAUUUAAUGAUUGCCAAUUGAAUGUUCAGUAUUCAGGCAAAUAUAGAGACAUGGGCCCUAUCCGAGGAAUUUGUUCUAAAAUAACUAGUGCCCUGGAAACAUAGUGCGUAGAGUUAAGCCUUGAAGCAGUACUUGCUGUAUUUGCCGCAUUUUUAUUACAUAGUUUAGGAGGAAAUCGUGAACAGACAUCAGCUGUGUCACAGGACAACCAUGGUGUAAAAUAAUAUAAUUAGAGUAGAAUCUAAAAUCUGUAGUUAGAGUGAUCCCUGGCUUUUCUAUCCUCCAAGUUUGGGUUAAAACAUUGAUG